CUUCUCCCAGAACGCUGCCUUGUGUUUGCGGAAGGGGCUGCUUGAGGUCUGUUUCCACUGGGUGAAGGCGCAAGCAGCGGUUCCCUAGAAGCUGCUCCAAGUUAACAUCUGCUGAAGGUUGGGGCGGGAGAAGGAGGGCAGCAUGAGUGCCAAGGAACCGCUGCUGGGAACGCUAAAAGUAUGUAUCCUCAACCUUCAGGGGAGCAGCAGCCCUUACACAGACACCUCCCCACACUUACAGUCCUUUUGUGAGGUCCUGGAAAUGAUCCUUCGCAAAGGAAUAAAACAGCCUGUUCUGGGGUUCAAGAGAAAGGACUAUUGGCACUGGCUGGAACUGCUUCCGCAAGUAACCCAUCCCAGCAUGACCCUCCUGUCAAUGAUGAUUGAGAAAACUAAUUCCUGUGAGAAGGUGCUGACAGCACAAGGACGAGGGCGGUACUUCCUGCGCCUGGCUUUGAAUAGGAAGUUACUAGCUGUUGCUGUUAAGCAGUUGAUCAGAUCUUCCAGGCUGCUUGAGUGGUAUGAUCCAAUGACCUCCAUCCUGGGCAAUGAAGACUUAUCUGAGCCUUUCCUCUCUCUGAUGCUGGUGGUGACAGAAAUGAAUUUCUCCCUAGAUUUGCAGAAUUCCAGUUUCUUGGAUGAAAGCUGGCAACUUCCGGUGUGCCUGACCUACGAAACUGUCCCCUGCAGGGAGCUGGGAAUGGUGCUCAGAUAUUUGGAUGGACGGAUUUUCAUCGUUAAUGUGCUCCCCCAAAGCCAGGCAGCAGUGGAUGAGGUGGUGCUGGUUGGAGAUGUUAUUGAUGAGAUAAAUGGAUCUUCACUGAGGAACGCAUGCAAUGGACAGGCUGGGACAGUGCUACAGAAGUACAAGGGCAAGCCUCUGAGCUUCCGCCUGAUCCGCUGGAAGUGGCACGAUGGAGGGAUGUACAAGCCGCUUCUCCCCUACCUGAAAAUCCUCCAGGAGAAAAUCCCCAGCUUCCAGCUCCAGCAUGAGCACACACACAAGGAAAAGAAAGAGGACCGGUGCUUGCAGGGGGGCAGGCUGCUGUACAACCUGCGGUACUUAGGCCACGUCAAUGUAGGAAAGGUGAGACUGGGUCUUGGACAGAGAAGGGAGGAUUGUUUAGCUUUCCUUGUUGUUGGUUUAUGUCUUUUAUUUUUGUUACACCUUUCCGAUUCUUAUUUUCAGUAUGGAAGCAAAGAGGUGUUAGACCAAGGCAUACCUAUGGUUUUAGAGAAACGUUUGCCACGACAGGAGGUUUUAUUUGAUGUCAAAGAAACAGAAGUCGUUGUUCAAGAGAAAGCUGCUUCAAAGGUUCUGUUUCGUUACUCUUAUACAGACAUUUCCUGUGUGGGACGGCGUCUGGACAGCAACAAUCUCUUCGCCUUCUGCAGUGUGGUUUCACCUGAGUCUUCGGAACAAAGCACCUUCGACUGUCUUGUAUUUGAAUCAAACACUGAAGAUGAAAGUGAGGAAAUAAUAAGAAGAAUUGCUGCUGGAUUUAAACACACAGAAUGGUUUGUCUGAUUGAGAUGCAUGAUGCUCUGCUUCUGGGUUUCUGCCAAUGACCUACUUUUGGAGCUGAACUGGCAUGCAAAAGGGCCUAGUUUCAGUCAGUGAUACGCUGCCAGGCUUGCGCUUGGAUUAAGGCGGCACUAUGAAAGGAUUAAAACUCUACACUGGAAAUAGUAUUUUGGCUACCUCCUACAACAGAAGACUGAGUUUUUACAAGUGUUUUCUUUUCAUGUUUAUACGGACAUCUGCAGAAUUUGGAAUAAAAUCAAGCUGAAGCCAUG